UCCUGCCGUGCUCGUGCCCGCCAGAGGAAAAUAGAAAAUGGCGAGUCUGUGCGAAAAGCAGCAAUGCACAAUCGACAGGCGCGGCUUUCGGCAGGAACUUGACUCUUGGCGACACAAACUCAUUCACUGUGUAGGGUUUGAGAGCAUCCUUGAAGGUCUGAUUGGUCCCGAGCUGGAAGAAGACCUAAAAGUAUUUAAAAACUCUGCGCCUGCGACUGAUUGGUCAUUUGAUGAAAACUGUCUGUUCUGCUGUUUGAGGAGGGAUAAAGUCAAGGAACACCUGUUUGGUCUCAACAAGGAGCGUCUUGAAGAUACACCUAAACCUCUCCUAGUUAAAGAUCAGAUUAGAAUCAUCAGGCUAGAGAAGAAGGCUGAGGAGUUUCUCAAAGCAGUUCUUUGCAGAAAAGAUGUGCCAAAUUUCUCAGAACCACACAUUCCAUUAGUGGCUCGAGAGAUUCUUCAGAGAAUGAUCAGCCAGUUUGCAGCCGAAUAUACCUCAAAAACCAGCUCUCCUCAGGGCAGUAGCUCAGACUCUCCACCUCAGUCUGACCAAAGCCGACCGGCUCCACGCCCCCUGCCGGCUGGGACUCCUUCUGUUAGCCCUGCUGACAUCCUUAGUGUGCCGGCACAAAACCAGAACCCAGUUCUGAGCAAGCUUCUCAUGGCUGACCAGGAGGCUCCCUUAGACCUCACCAUCAAGAGGCCUGCUACAGAGCCCCAUGAACAAGAUGGAGUUCUUGACUUAUCCAUUAAAAAGAAUCGCUAUAGCAACAGCAGCAGCAUAUCUGCCCACAGUCUCUGCUCUUCUCCAGCUGUGUCCACGCUGAAGUGUGAGUCUCCAGACUUCCGUUCUGCGAAAGCCAAAGACCUGCAAUCCACCUCCACAUUGGAGCAGUUUAUGGCCAAACUAUGUCCCCACCACCAGAGACGGAUAGUGGAUGCAAUAGGUUUUCUUCAAACGGAAGUCAAGGCUCAUGCAUCCUCUAAUGUACAGAAAGCAUUAGACUCUGUCCCUGGCAUUCAAGGGAAAUCUUCUCCUAAUGCAAUGUGUGGUAGCGCAACCCCAGAGAAGUCAAACUCUGAGCUAAAACUUCCUAUUGCAUCCACUCCUAAAGCUGAAUUCCUGGAAUUUCCUCAUUUUGUCCCUAACAGCUGCGCACAGAACACCAUUCCAGAGAAUGCGGUUUCCCUGAAAACAUCUAUAACUGGUGGCCCUACUAUGGAUGUUUUCGACCUUGGUCUUGGGACUGACCGUGGUCUGACCAGUUUUACUGCCAAUUCAGUGGAUGGAGAGAACAACCGUCAGAGUGAUCAGCCACCUGUUCGGAUGAAGAUCAAAACCAGCAGUGCUGCUGCUGGUAAGAGACUGUCAUGUGUGCUUGAUGCCACUCUUUCCUCUCCCUCUCAUACUAUUGAGGAGAAACAGGGUUUGUCCAGUAGAGCUGAGACACACAGUGCCAGAUUAAGUUCCUCCGGGAAAAGACACAGUGAAAGAAGUGUUAUUUCUCAAGGUAGUCAGAAAGAGGAUAUUGGGCAUCAGAGAGAUAAGCAAGCAAAAGUGUUUCCAAUCCAAAUGUCCUUCCCCUCAAAUUCAGUUCGAACUGCAAGAAAAACUGUCAAGAUGUCCUCUGAACAUCAAAUGAGGGAGGAUGUUUGCAGGGAAACAGUUGAUCCUGAUAUUGGCAACUGUGACAUUGUUUUUAUUGACAAGCCAAUUACAGAGUGUUUAAAGGAAAGGCGGCGCAGCAUGGCCCCCCGUCGUAAUGCCAGGAAAAGCACUAGGGGGUCGAUGUAUUCUGAUGACAUCUGGGAGUUAAAAACAGUUCGCACAUUGGCUGGAAGGGGUAAUUGUCCAAACUUAAUGCCAGAGCUGACUACACUGGUCACGCCAAAACAAAUCCUGUCCAAACCUGAAGGUCUACCACCAGUUGAUAUGCCGUUUGCUGGUGCAUGUACAGAGACGAUUAAUCAACACAUGCCCUCAGAGAUGCCGGAUAAGCAUGUCAUUUCAGGAGUGGGAGAUACUGUAGAGGUAGCUGCUAGUGUAGUAGAUGCUGUGGAGGUUGAAAUGAGUCAAACAGAUCAAGGUCAGAAUAAGGCCCAAUCCUGUUCACCAUCUCCACUGAACCCUCUAGUAGAGGGCCAGGAAACUCUUGCAGACACUAUAGCAGAUCCAGAGAGCAUUAAAGAUUUAGAGAUGACAAAAGAAAUUGAAGAAAGUGUUUGUCCAUCUCUACAUGAAUCAACAGAUGGCGAGUCUCAACAGGCUGUGUCUGACAAUAAAGAAAACAUGGCUACAGAAACACAAGUAGAAUCAUUAGAGAGUGAGAGUCUAAUCAAUGAGUCACAAUUAGAACUCUCGAAGAGUCUUGCAACAGACACACAAGUAGAACCGUUUAAGAAUCCAAUAAUGGAAACGCAAGUAGAACCGUUUAAGAAACCAAUCACGGAAGUGCAAGUAGAACCAUUAAAGAAUCCAAUCACGGAAACGCAAGUAGAACCGUUAAAGAAUCCCAUCACAGAAACACAAGUAGAACCUUUAGAUAAUCCCUUCACAGAAAUGCAAGUAGAACCGUUAAAGAAUCCCAUCACAGAAUCGCAAAUAGAACCGUUAAGGAAUCCCAUCGCAGAAACGCAAGUAGAACCGUUAAGGAAUCCCAUCACAGAAACGCAAGUAGAACCGUUAAGGAAUCCCAUCACAGAAAUGCAAGUAGAACCAUCUAAGAAUCCCAUCACGGAAACUCAAGUAGAACCGUUAAAGAGUCUUAUCCGAGAGAAAGCUGAGCACCCCCUCCUAUCAGAUAAAUGUCUUAACUCUGAGGAGCAGAACCGUAUUGGUACUGUAAAUUCAGAUGAAGAUGAGGUGGAAGAAGUUGACAAACUGCUUGAGGAGCAAAGUCAGGAGAAUCAACAAGAGAUCAAGUUGCGUUUUGAUAAUGUGAAGGUCCCAGAAAAGUCAGUUUCCAAAGAAACUACAGAGGAACUGACUAUAAAAGAGACGGAAACUGAACCUAUAGAAGUCAAUAACGCUGUUGAACCUGUAGAGAGAAAAAUUUAUGAGGCUGAAUGUGAUGAGCCGGCAAAGCCAGUUGUUGGGCUGCCAAAGGAGGUGUCACCUUGUCGUAGGAAAAAAGACACUAAAGCCCAGGUGCCAGAUCUUCUGGGACAAAUAGAACCAGUCAUAGUUGGCUUUGUCAAUGGUAAACCAGUUUCACCCUCAGACAGGAGUCUGCGCAGCAGAGCUGACAGGAACCCCACAUUGUCAAGUAAAACUCAGGUAAAAUAUCAGGAUGUGCCCACCUUUAAUAUUUUAGACCCUAAACCUUCCUCAACUGCUGAAAACCUAAAAACAGACAAACCUUCUGAAGCAAAAAGUCCUUUGACAUUAGAGACUCCUGUUACUGAACCAUCUUCUGAACCACCAACUUUAAGCCCACCAUCAAAAUUACCUUCAUCAUUAAAAGAAACCCAGAAACAAAAGAGUACCCCUAGAAGUCAGAUUAAGACACCAUUGCCUUCUGACCCUUCUGUAGAUCACACAAAUAGUAUGACAUCCAAACGGCAACUUAGAUCAGCCACUCAAAAGACGGUAGCUCCCAUUUCAAAUGUUGUCACCUCAAUUUCCUCACCAAAGCCUUCAACCCUUAUUCUUCCACCUGCAGAACAGCUACCUUCCCUCCUCCUCCCCCCAUUUCCAUUACCUGUCACCACGUCCUGUGACAGUAGGCAUUCUGAUCGCUCAAUUUCUGAAUGCUCUGAACAACAGGAACUCUCAGAGACUGUGCAAGUAAGCACUGAAAAUACACAUCAAAAUAAAGCACUCUCUGAAGACACCGAAAAGAACAAACUAGUAAGUGAAUUGGAAACCAAACAAACAUUGAGAUCAGGUAAGGUUGUAUCACAUAAAAAUGAAAACAGCACACAGCAUUUUCAUACUGAGGAACCAAAUUCUUUAGAAAAUCCAUCUGCAAUUAAGACUGAAAAUCUGACAGAACCUGUACUGACAAGAAGUAAGCGUGGGUUUCGAAAUAGCCCAGAUUUAGGGGAAUCUGCUUUAAUCCAAAAGAAGAAUUUAGCUCCUGUGGAGGACAGGAUAGCAAUAGAACCGGGUAAGGAUGCUUAUACACCAGAAAAACCCACAAGAAUGCCUUUAAGGAGUGAGACCGGUAAGACUGAAAUGUCUAACCAGUCUAUUGCUCAGUCACCACUAGGAGAUGACAAGAAAUUAGCCUUGAGAUCACAGAAAUCCCUCAACCAUUCUACCAGUGCUGCUGACACAGCGAAACAAAAUUACGUAUUCUCCCCCGUUCAAAUCAUUGCAGAAAGAAUACCUAAGGCCCAUCUUAAACCCCGAUCAGACACGGCCACACCUUUGACCCAAAACUCGCAAGUCCCUAUCAUUACUCCAAAACAAGAACCACCUAAACAAACUGUCAAUAAAUUCUUUCAGGCCCUCAAUGGUGAAGAAAAACAACACUUGAUUACAAACCUAAAUUCAAGAUAUGAUAGGAUGUUAAAGGGUUGGGUACAGCUGGACAAAGAGGGUCAGCCAGCAGUAAAACACAAAAACAAAUCAGAUAGGCAGGCAGCUAUCUGGAAAAGUAAAAGAAGGGCACGGAAACCAAAGUCCUCAGAGCAGCAGAAAUACUCACCGGUCCAAAUGCUUUUUAUGAAAGGUUUUAGUCUCACCAACAUUUGUCGCUGGUUCCUGGAUUCAACAGAGACCAAAUCUCUUGUUAUCGUUAAGAAGGUGAACACACGUCUUCCGUCAGAAACUCAGCUGUGCUUUCACAGCUCGUCCACAGUGUCAGGGCCUUCACAGGGAGUGUUUCCAAGCCUGCAGGCGGAACGCUUAAAGAAACAUUUAAAAAAGUUUCCCAUCGCUUCUCCUGUAAAAAGCAAUCCCAAAAACCAGAAGCUUAUUACUAAAACCCUCGAACAAGAGGUAAACACAGUCAAACUGAAGGAGAGGGCCGAACUCCCUGGCAGUACUCAAAAUGUAAGCAAAUACUCGGCUGCAAAAGCCAGUGCACAAAAAGGUGAAUCCCAAAAAAACCCAGGGAAAUCUAAGAAUCCAGCUAGUGCUAGAAUCUUGAGAAAAUACUCCAAUAUCCGAGGGAAGAUGCAAGGUCAGCAAACCACUGUUAGAAUGAAAAGGGGCUCAAAAAUGCUUGAAAAGAAGAAGAGCAAAUCAUUGACUGCUACUAAAUCAGCUACCAAGUCAAAUCGAAACUCAUCGUUGAAGGUAAAGAAAUCUACUGUAUCUGUUUGCAAAAAAAUGAAAGGGUCCGCAGCAAAACUGGCAAGGAGAAAGAUUUUGGCUGAGAGGAAAGUAACAAAGCCCUGUGUCUCAAAGCAGGCAGUGAGGGCACAAGCUGGCAAAGCUAAAGAUAAAAGUAAAGUACAACUACCAAAGAGAUGUUCGCAACGACUUGGGUCUCCUAAAGUACCUGAGGACCAGCCUGUGGAGACAUCAAAGAGCAAGUUGAGCAACAGAAAACAGAAUGAAGAAAAAACAGAAUGUGAAGUAAAUAAAAGUCAAACUAAGGAAUCCGUUCGAAGCCCCUUAGCAGAAAGCAAAGGUAAAGAGACUGCUACUGAAACGCCCGAGCAGGGCAUAAAUGUGAAGGCUUCAGGCUCCCCAGACCAGGUACAAACGAGAUCCCAGAGAAAAAUGGAAGCAGUGACCCCUCUGAGUGGGAGUCCCAGCAAUCCUUCAAAGAGGGCCAAGAAGGCAUCACAAGCGGCUGCCAGUACAGUGGAUGAACCCAAACUGACAAGAAGUGGAGCUCUAAAGAGGAGUCGGGCAUCCUUACUGCCACGUAGUGGAGCUAAGGCAGCCACCAAGAGAGCUCAGGAACUUCUAGAGACCCCUCCAAAGCGCACCAGGACAAAAUAAUAAACUCUUUGAAGAUGGAUUCUUUAUCUAGAGGAAUUAUGUUGAUUUUAUUUUAUUAGGACCAAAAAUAUAUAUUUUGUAAUUGCCCCAAACUCUGGAUAAUUAUUCCUGCAGAACCAGGAUUUCUAUAUUUGUUCUUGCUUUUGUAAAGUUUGAUGGUGCAAACCUGAUGCUGUAAUGCUUUGGCUUAUUUUACUGUCUGUGUUCAGGCAGCAGAAAAAGUCCUGCUAUAGAUGUCUGACGGCUGUAGUUGCUUUAUGUUUCUGCACUCGACAAAAAUGGCUGGAGAUCACAAAUGCCUGUCGAACCUCCAUUUUUAGAAGUUUAGAUGAUCAACCUUUCAAACAUAUACAUUCUUAUGUUCUGAAUUUAAUUUUUGUAUAUAUAUAUAUAUAUAUAAAUAUAUAGUUUUAGAUUAUUGCACGCUCUGCAUUAAAUUACUGAGGAAUGGAGGAGGGAGCUUUGAAUCAAAGUGUUACGUGCAGUGGGUUAGCAGUUUGUAUCUCCAGCCAGUCUUCCAAUCACAAAAUUGUGAAAACGUGACAUUGUGAACCAGGUGCCUUAUUUAUAUCUAUUUUAUGAGUGUGUUGCUGUGAAAACUUAUUUUCCUGAAGAUGCAGUUGACAUUCAUCUGCUUCAUUGAGCAAUUAGGAUCUGUUUUCCCUCUGCAUGUCAUGCACCUCCUGCUUGCUCUUCUCAUCGGGUUUUGGGACUCAUCUGGGUGGUUAAUUUUAAUUUUUUUUUAUUUUCCUCAGCAUUAACAGAACAUUUUAAUUAUAGCUUCAUUUUUUGUUUAGAUUUGCAUUGUUUAUUCAAAGAAAAAGGGGUGCUCUUUGUGUCAUGAAAAGUUUCUAAUGAAUUGUUUGUGGUCAUUUGUCAUUGCUGUGUGCCUCUUGUUAAUGAGGAGGCAGUUUCAGAAUAUCAAUCAAAGCAGAUUUUUAACAUCAAAUUGCUGAUUCUACUGCAUUAUGUCCCAGAAGGGAAAAACUAUUUUGAAAAGUACUUUAUCUUCUUUUAACAAUAGAAACCAAGAGUACUUUAUACUGUCUUGGUUUUUAUUUGAGUGGUAACUAUAUCUCAAGCAUUUUGUUUUGUUUUCUUCCCUCUCAUUGUUAGGUGAGUUAUAAUGUGAAGCCUGCUUACAUUUACAGUUACUACAUGAUUUUGUUAAUGGCAAAGCAUUUUAGGACAGUGUUAUUUCCCUUUUGUUUAUUUCCUUUGAAUUUUUUUAACAGGCUGAGUUUCUUGAAGAGGAUAAAUCAUCUGUAAAUGCAAAACUGGUCCACUAUGUUUUUAUCGAUAUUUAAGAACUUCAUAUAGGUCAUAGAAUUUAGAAAACCUAUUUCAACCCACCAAAUAUCAGACUUGAAUCUGUUUAUUCUUUGCAGUUGCUAUUUAAAUAUUUGGGUUUUUGUAUAUUGAAAAGAAAUACCUGUUUUAUUUGUGGUAAUUCCAAGAAAGACACAUCUUUAUGUUAAGAAAUUUGUAUUUUUCUGGAGUUGAUAUAAAGAUGUUUAAAUUCAA